AAUAAUUUUGAGACGAGACCUAAAACCGUACACCUUAAACCCUAAAGCCUAAGGAGUAUUAAUUUCCAAAGCUUCCAUCUAUCUUCCCAUCAUCCCAAUCUCAAUCGUUGCCCUGUCUCUUCUUCAAUCUUCUCCCUUUUUCCGCCGUUCGGAUACAAAUAAUUAACAUCCCUUGACAAUAGUUUACAGAAUUUUCACCCACAUAACAGCCAUAAACAUGGUUUCCACCCCGAUUCCUGCUUCUACCUUACAUGACUUGGACUUUUUGCUCAACACACCCUCUCCUUCUUCUGGUGGCAGAAUUAUAGAAGAUUCGUAUUUGAGAAUUCCAUUGAAGAAGCUCCAAACAUUCGUUCUUGUUUCCUCCAGAAGAAAUCUGGACAACCCAAAUCAGCUGCCAUCUUCUUUGUUGCAUAGGAUUGAAGAGACUGUUCACAGACUUGCAGAGGAAUUUCAUCCUGACGGUGAACAACGUCCGGAUACUUCCGUGUUUACGGAGUUCGAACGUGAGUUUCUAUCCUUGCUUGAUGAAAUAGACGAAUGGUACUUCAACCUGAGGGAUUCCUUGCGCCUACAAUUAUUAAGUGGUUCUCUUGUUACCAUUGAUGACAUCUCCAAGCUCAUCAGCUCCAUUUUGGAGCUUCUUGAGGUAUAUCUUGACCGCAAGGGAUCGGAAGAUGUGUUAGAGCCGGUGAUACUCUUGCAAACUCUCAUCUGUUUUGUCCACAAACCCACACCCCAACUGUUGGGUCUUGCUAAAAAUGUUGUUAUCCAUCUUUAUCUCUGUUUUAUGUGUCGUAGAGCACUUGAGGAGCCUUCUGGUGAAGAAACUUUUGCUAAACGAUGGCUUGAUGACUUGCUGUUACAUUGGGUGCAAACCAUCGAGCCAAGUAAUCCACAGGUAUCUGAGAUUUACACUGAAGCACUACGCAGUUCCAAGUUGUCAACACAGUUACUUGAUGAUGUUGCCUUCAAUAUUGCAGCCAACAAUUUCCUUGAUUCGCUCAUUCAUAAUGUAUGGGACUUGCUACGGAUUAACUCUGUUAGCUUGCUUUAUGUGAAGGAUAAAGUGGUCGAGUUUUAUCGCAAACUCAGGUCCUUGCGAACCAUUCUCAAGCAGCAGCACAACAUUGCACAGGACGACAUUGUGUUUUUGUUACAUGAUGCCGGUGUCUUGAUUUUCUCUUUGUACCAAACGCAUACGGAAUUAGAUCUUCGAUGUUUUCAUGAUUUGUUGGAAACAUUCAAGACUGUUCUGCUACGGCUUGGAUUGAAGGACCCACCCGUACCAGAAUUCAACUUUCCAAAGACUAAUCAGUUGGGUUACGUAGAUUUUGUGCUGGAGAAACUGGCGGACCUGAGAAACCGUGAAGUCGAACCAACUGCCGACAGUAAGCAUGUUCAAACUAUCCAUGAAGAACUUGUUUCCUUAAGAUCUUUCUUAGGAGACAUUGCGGAGCUUCACCAAGAACACGAGGAACUUCAAGCUCUUUGGAAUCGUGUUUUAGAGGUGACUCACAAGGUGGAGUGUCUCAUCGAUCACUUACUGGUUGGAAAUCUUCCGAUUUCUUCCUCAACUUCUGCUUAUGCCAUCACGAAAGACAUCAGGGAUAUUAAUAUUAAUAAGACCGCAAUCAGAGUGAAGAGACCAGAAAUUGAAGGCAAAAGACAGCAAAUCACAGUGAAAGAAGCAACCCUGCCAUCUUCCUUGGAAAUAAACAAUGAGGUCGUAGGUUUUGUCGGAGAUGCAAAAGUAAUCGAGGAUCGGCUCAAAAGAGGACCAAAGCAACUGAAAGUCAUUGCCAUUGUGGGUAUGCCGGGGGUAGGUAAGACCACUUUAGCUACAAAAGUUUUUAAUGAUUAUUCUAUUUCGCACCAUUUUCAUGUGCGUGCCUGCUGUCCUAUCUCACAAGUAUUGGACAAAAGGAAUGUGUUGUCUCAACUUUUGAAGCAGGUUGAUCCCAACUCUGGUUGUUCUGAGCUCAAUGAGCAAGAUUUAGUAGAAAGUCUGUGGCGCGGCUUAAAAAGGAAAAGAUAUCUCAUAUUAUUGGAUGAUAUAUGGGCCGCUGAAGCAUGGAAUAGCUUGGCACCAGCAUUCCCUGAUGACAACUAUGGAAGUAGAAUUCUUUUGACAAGUCGUCAUCGUGACAUUGCCCCUAGUGAUAUGCUUGACCAAGAACCUCAUUUUCUGCAGCCACUCAAUGAAAAUGAGUGCUUGGAGCUAUUCCAGAGGAAGUUUUUCCCAGGAAGAAAUGAUACUUUGGAUCCUGCAUUACGUGAUUUGUUUAUGCAAUUUGUAGCAUACUGUAAAGGUUUACCACUGAGCAUCAUCCUUAUCGCUGGAAUUUUUGCAACUAAUCAACCAGAGGAUUGGGUGAAUAUUUGGGAAGAGUUAAGAUCAGGCGAUGCAUCCGUUACAGAACACUGCAUGGACUCAUUGGGACUCAGCUACAAAUAUUUGCCGGAUCACUUAAAACCAUGCCUGCUCUAUUUUGGCGCAUUUCCAGAAGAUGCAGAGAUUCCUGCAGAGAAGCUGCUUUGCAUAUGGAUUGCUGAAGGUUUUGUUAGGGAAACUGAUGGAAAGCGCAUAAAAGAUGUCGCUGAAGAAUAUUUGAAUAGUUUGAUUGGAAGAAGUUUGAUUAUGGUUGCCAAAAGAAGAUGGAACGGUAGAGUCAAAACAUGCCGCAUUCAUGACUUGAUUCAUGAUUAUUGCUUGCAGAAAGCCAAAGAUGAUCAUUUUCUCCAUCUGCUAAAGGGAUACGAUGAGCUUUCGGCAUUUAAUGAGCCGCACAACCUUCGGAGGUUAUGCAUCCACUCUGAGGUCAAGCAUUUCAAACAUUCCAAGUUGUUUUGUCCUGGUGCCCGUUCUCUGCUUUUCCAAGACCCUCACACAUUAAGUCGGUUAAUAAGAGAUGCCUCAUUUGUGGUUAGCAUCUUCAAGCUCCUACGAGUGUUGGAUUUGGAGGGAAUUGAUUUGUAUUCUGAGUUUCCAAGUGAAAUAAGUUUGCUGGUUCAGUUGGCAUUCCUGGCAAUUCAGGGUUAUUUCAGGAACAUCCCGUCAUCCAUAGCCAAGCUCACAAAUUUGGAAACUCUUAUUCUGAAAAUAGCCCAGAACGCAACCUCAUUGCCAGAUAGUCUGUGGAAUCUACAGAAACUAAAGUAUAUUUGUAUCAGGUACUGUGGUGGUAUUGUGCCGAUAGCAAAUCUUGAUAACUCAUUGUUUUGGUAUGAGCUGGAUGUGUUUUCUGGUGCAGUUAUUCCUUAUAGCAGCUUGGAAAGAAUAAUGGCGAAAUUUCCGAACAUCCGAAAGUUGAAAUGCGAAAUUGCGUUCAGUUUCCCUGAAAAUCUGAAGGAAUUGAAGUUGGGAUCAUUUGAUUUGUCGUGGGAGAAUAUGUCAGGCAUUGGUAAACUCCCAAACCUUCAAGUCUUUAAAUUAUGGUGGACAAAUUUGGAAGGGGAAACAUGGGAAAUGAAAGAAGGUGAAUUCUCCCAGCUUAGAGUUUUGAAACUGGUCCGUGUAAAACUUGUCAGGUGGAGAGCCGGUGAUGAUCAAUUUGAAUGUCUUCAGAAGUUGGUGUUGAAUGUCUGUAAGAAUUUGGAAGAGAUACCUUGUAAUUGUCUUGAGAACAUUCCGACACUUGAAAAAAUUGCGGUUCUUAAUGCUUCUUGGGCUGUAAAUGAAUCGGUGAAACAAAUUGAGAAACAACAGGUGGAACAGUGGGGAAAUUCAAAUCUUAAGAUCAGCGUCGAUUAUUCCAGAUGGGCAAGUUGA